AUGUCUUCACUUGAAAACAAACUUGACUUCUGGAUCAAAUAUGUUGAUAGAUAUAAUAACGAAUGUUUUACUGCUUUUAAUGACUUUCUGAAAGAAAAUGAGCAGCAAGUAACUUCAGAUGUGGAAAAAAAUAUACAUGAGCAUUUGAUAAUCCUUAAAAAAUCCUUGAAAGAGUAUUUUCCGGAGAAGUUACAGGACAUGAACUGGUUGCAAAAUCCAUUCGCAAAUCAUACCAAACCAUCAAUGCUAAUUGUGUCAGAAUAUGAGAUUUUGAUUAAUAUUAAGUGUUCAUCUUCUCUUAAACAAAAAUUCAAAGCAUCUAAAUGA